AAUGCAGUUUAUAAAACCAGAGUCUUCAUUUCUUUUCUGAUGGAUCAUAAGUACUACCACAGCGUGGACCCCGUGUCUCGGGAUGUUGGCUCCCCCUUGGAACGAUUCCGGCGGUGUGUUCGAUUGGUCAUUGUCUGUGUCCGCCUUUGUCAGCAAAGUCAAAAAAGGGUGGAGUCUCACGAGUCGGAAUUCCUGUCCGUGCUACAGUAUAUGUACAUGGACACCCUGAAUGUGGACAGAGGGGGGUUGUACUUCGAUCCCUCUGACUACAAGAAAACUACUAAAGAGGAACGACUACCGUUAGAGGCCAGACGGAUUCUACAGAAAACACAGGAGCUCAGAACAGACAAAGAACUACACUAUCUCCAGAUCGUGCUGAGGAAGAUCAAAGCUUUUGCUGAGUAUCCUAAUGAUAUGCAAAUAAAGCUAUGCCAAGUCGGCUGGUUUGAGGGGUACAAUCCACGGAGGGCUAUCGUCAGACAGAACCACUUACCUCAGGCUUUCUACUUCAUCCUUUGUGGCACAGUGUUGGUGACGGCGUACAAUAAGGAGGAUGGGCACGCUAAGCUUCUAGUCCGUCUACAUAGAGGGAUGUCAUUUGGGGAAUUAGCAGUGAUAACUAAGAAGCGGCGUCAGGCCACAGUCAGCACACAGACAUACACCGAACUUCUCUGUAUCUCAGCCUCGGAUUUUGAGACGAUUUUCAUGGCGGGAGGUGUGAAAAGUGUCACGGAUCCAAAGCACAACGCCUUCCUGGGUAAGGUGCGCUGUCUCCGUGAUUGGCCAAUAGAAUCACUCACACAGAAUCCACAAGCCUGCAUGUUCCACUAUUUCAAUCGUGGGGAGAUUUUGGUACGAGACAGUAAUAGGUCAGACUGGAUCUAUAUUGUUAAAUCAGGUAGUUUAUCAGUCGUAAAGAAGUUAAAAAAGGUGGGACCUGAAAAAAGCCGACCCAGAACAAUACACAAUAUUCCAGGCAGAUCAUUAGAUUAUAAUACUGAAGAUACUUCGAAAUCCUUCGGGACUUGGUCGUACAGAUUACGUAAUCAUCACAAGCGACCUCUAUCGGAGAGGGAACCAGAAACAUACAAAAGCAACUAUGAGCUGGAUAGGCGUCUGGACCAAACACUUCCGGGCUAUUAUAACCCACGUGACAGACUGGGAGUAAUUGACUAUGAUGACGUCAUCAGUAACUACAAAACCCGUCUUCUGAAAAACCAGGAAUCAGAAGAGCCGGUCGAGGACAAGCGAGCGACGGAAAUAGAUGAAAAAGGUUCGGACAAAACGCAAGAGGAACCCUUGCGUUUGCCUCAGAUACACAAGACGUCAAAGAGUGUGGUCAAUACAGUUUCCCAGAAUAGUGCAUUAUACACGGGUGCGUACCUUUCCUCUAGUUCCACAAAGCCAAAUAGGGAUAAAAAGGCCUCAUUAUCGGAGGAAAUCGCUCGCAAAGAAAAAGACCUCCAACAGAAACUGUCCACACAAUUAGAGGGGAGGAAGACGAUUGUCAAUGAGUACGACAACCGCCCACCGUCACGUGUGGUGCUUACAGAGGCGGAUCUCCACCCCGUGUUUAUCGUGGUUCAGGUUCUCGAAAAGGGCCAAUACUUCGGAGUAGCUAAUAUGAUCUAUCAAGACCAGCCAAGCAUGUCGGUAAUCAGUAACGGUGCAGAAUGUAUAAUGAUAUCCAAGAAAUUCUUCAUGGAGAAGAAAACAGACGCCACAAUGCGGAGCAUCUAUCAAUCAGAAUCCCCAUUUCCAAAUGAUGAAACCUUACAAAGACAACUUCAGGGCUAUGUCAAUUGGCAAUCACACCGGAAACGGAUAUACGAUAGGAUUGUGGGUCGCUUAGUGGACAGGAAGAUCAAAAAGAAACAGUUUGCUCCUCAAUUUCAAGGACAGUACUGUUUCAGGACAGGGCCAACCUGACCUUUUUUAUCACUAGUUCAAAGUAACAACUACGAAAACAUCAGAAUUAAACUCUGUUUACAAAUAAAUAUGAAGAUGUUAAUCCGAUCCUGGAGCCAUAAAAGAAGAUGCUUUUAUUGACAGUGAGUGUAGUAAACAUAUUUGGAUGUCGGACUGCAAUAAAACAUUUACUGUCGCGACUGGUGACUCGUCUGAACACCUUUGUGUUCUGUAGCAUUAAUAAUGAGAACAUUGAUUUCUGCAGGAAUCUGAUGUGUUCAAUGAAUAGACCCAGGAAAUAACAUAGUUAAUAACAUGCAAUAUUUUCAUUGUGAAGGUUUUACGUAUUCUGAAUAAAAAGGAAAAAGAUAUUUAGAAACAAAAA